GGCGGGAGAAGAGGGAUUACAGCAAGGCGGGAGUCUUUGUGAGGUCCGUCCAGGAACGAUCGCACUGCCUGCGCUGAGCCAGGAUGAGUUGGAGUUUCUUGACGCGCCUCCUGGAGGAGAUCAACCAGCACUCGACCUUUGUGGGAAAGGUGUGGCUGACGGUGCUGAUUGUCUUCCGCAUUGUGUUGACUGCUGUGGGUGGCGAGUCCAUCUACUAUGACGAGCAGAGCAAGUUUGUGUGCAACACGCAGCAGCCCGGCUGUGAGAAUGUCUGCUACGAUGCCUUUGCGCCACUCUCGCACGUCCGUUUCUGGAUCUUCCAGAUCAUCAUGAUUGCCACCCCCUCGGUGAUGUACCUGGGCUUUGCGCUGCACCGGCUCUCGCGCCAGCCCCCUCGGAAACGCCGAGCGCCCGUGGUGCACCGCGGCGCCGUCCGCGACUAUGAGGAGGCAGAGGACAAUGGCGAGGAGGACCCCAUGAUCUUUGAGGAGGUGGAGCCCGAGAGGGAAGUGAAGGAGCCCGAGAGCCAGAAACACGACGGGCGGCGGCGAAUCAAGAACGACGGGCUGAUGACGGCGUACGUGCUGCAGUUGCUGUGCCGCUCGGUGUUUGAGGUGGGCUUUCUGUUUGGGCAGUAUGUGCUGUAUCGCUUCGAGGUGAUCCCCUCGUACGUGUGCACCCGCAGCCCCUGCCCCCACACCGUGGAUUGCUUCGUCUCCCGCCCCACCGAGAAAACCAUCUUCCUCCUCAUCAUGUACGCUGUGAGCUGCCUUUGCCUGCUGCUCAAUGUCUGUGAGCUCUUCCACCUGGGCUUUGGCGGGAUCCGGGACGCGUUCCGUAGCUUCAACCAGGAUGCUGGAGUGCCCCCCAAGCCCCAGUAUGGCCGCAGGGAUCCCACGGCACCCCCCACCUACCAUUCCCUCAAGAAGGAGCCCUCCAAGAGCCAGCUCGGCAAGGACAAAUUGGCCUAUGGAGGGGAGAGCUUGGCUGGUGUGGCAGCAGAGCGCUACGGUGCCUCCUCGGGCCUCCGGAACCAUGAGGUGGAGCGACUGCGCAAGCACCUCCGGUUGGCACAGGAGCAUUUGGAAAUGGCUUUCCAGCUGCAGCCGGAGGACACAGCCAGCCCGUCGCGCAGUAGCAGCCCCGGUUCUAAUGGGCUGGCUGCAGAACAGAACCGGCUCAACUUGGCACACGAGAAAGAAGGUGCAGCCUGCGAGCGAACUACUGGUAUCUGAAACACUGGGCAGCCGCACAGAUGACAACAGGACGUGUCUGUGGAGAAUUGGCAGCAUGUGAAUGUGUGCUCCUAGCCUGAAGUUUGGAAACGCCCCAACAGAGGGGGUGGGGUGGGAUGUUGAUGUCCUCUUGUUCUUGUUGGGUUGUGGGUGAGAGGAGGGGACGGAUAUGAGCCUCUGUGUCCGCGCCUCCUGAGGUUGGGAGGCCAUAAUGGGCUACCUUCAGAAGUCUAACUCUAUGUAUGUAUGUAUGUGAGUGCGUGUCUUUUUUUUUUUAAAGGGGUCUAAAAGGGAAACUUAUUUUUUUACUUUUAUACGUGUUGUAGAGGUACUAUUUUGUCUCAUCUAUGGGGUGUUCUGUCUUGUUUUUCUCUAGCAGGACUGGAUAGGUAGCAAUAUGACAGCUGCCUCCCCGCCCUCCCCUUUUCCAGUUGCGGUUUACUGUAUAUUUGUGGGGUGGAGUCAGGGGAGAGAAGAAUAACGUUCACAACUUCCCAGGUUUGUCUUCACAGCCAUACACAACCUGGCCUCGGCCUCUUUCUCUUUCCCUCUCCCCUGACACCAGAUUACAGAGACAAUUGGUGGUUGGGCCAAAGAUCAUUCUCCUACAUUCCGAGAUGCUGGCUUUUGGACAGCAUCUGCCUUCCUGCCCUCUGUGGGGUGCUGGGCUGGGUUCCCUCCUGAAUUGCGGUGGAACUACAGUCACAUUUGGAUCAUCUCAGAUAUCGACAUGAAAUGUGUUUGUAUUUUUUGUAUUUUUUUAAGAAAAUAAUUUACUGGAAUAGUUAUGAAACUGUUUUGCUCUUUUGUAUAAAUAUAUAAAUAUAUAUAUUUGG